UCUCUUCAAAUCUAUAUAUUCCCAUCUUUCAUGAGCAGUUGUGCAGCCUCUUCCAUGCUUCCCUCGAUCAUCUCCCCAUUACUAAAUUCGACCUUUUUAGUUUGAGUUUGAGCAGCACUUUCCCAAAUUAUCUCCUUCCAAAUCCAAUCUCAAGCCAUGCAACUCGCCGCCGCCGACACCGCCGCCAAAGCGUUCAAGCAAGUCUUCCUCAAGAAAAUGUUGCUCGGCCUCCGCCACGCGUCCCCCAUCGCGAGCCUGCAAGGCCGGAAGGCCGCCAUCCAUCUCUCCUCUAACGCGGCCUUAGCGGUCGCUCGAGGCGACCGCCGAAGGUGGACUCGCGGCCUCCUCUCGCGUCUCGCCCGGCAGGAAGAGCGAGGCGCGGGGCCCUUCCUCAAGCUCCUACUCGGAGACGACCGGUACCGGAAGCUCGUCCCUCAAAACAGAAAGAUCACGAAGAGGAGCCUCAAGCUGAUCCGUUCGAGAAAGACGACGGCGAAGAAGAAAACGAGUAGUGCUGAAAAUGGCAGCCGCGGUCUGGCGAGGUGCUUUUUGGCCAAGAGAAUGCGGUUGCUCAAGAGCCUCGUGCCCGGAGGCAACUCCUUGGGUGGCUCCUCCUUGAUGGAGGAAACCUUGGACUAUGUCGUUUUUCUCCAAUGUCAAGUUGAUCUCAUGCGAGGCCUUGUAGAAACCUUCCAAUUCUCCAACCCAAGAGCUCAGAAUAAAUGCACAUUGGAAGAGAGAAAAGAAGCAGGAGAGCAGAUUGAGCACUGAUAUGGUAGCAUAUGAAGAAGAAUAUUAUUUAUGUACAUUCUACCUACUUUUCUUCUCUUUUUUUUAAAACAAGUUUGAUUAAGAUUGUGUGAGGAAACUUGUGAUGUAAAAUAUUGAAGAAAAAAUUUACAUCUAUUACUCUCCAUAAUUAA